AUGUCUCAGGGUCAUGAUUCUCCUGCCACGCUAAAACCUCUUCGCUUGCUUCGUGGCGAGAUCACAUACGAAGCUGCAAAGGAACAAGAUGCCAAUAUCCUCCACCAGCUAGGCUACAGGGAUCAAAGGAUUCGAUUUUUUACCCACUUGUACCGAAAUCGCGGACUGAUCGCGACAAUUGCCGCCCACCAUCUCGGCCUCGCUUCUGCAGACAUAUGUCAUGUUGAUGUGGAUGACUGGAUACACGGGAGCUUCAAUGUGAUGAUCCGAUUUCCCUUGCCUUACCGAAUUGGAGAGAACUGCCGCCCCGGUAAUGCGGAUGAGAAGGUUCGUUGUGAAGUUGGGACCUACGCAUGGCUCCAAGAAAACUGUCCGUCUGUUCCUAUCCCACGCCUUUAUGGGUUUGGGCUAUCCACUGGCCAAACAUUCACAAUUCUCGACAACCUGCCUUUUAUAGCCCGGACUGUUCAACGUUUGCGCCGCCGACUGUUGAAUUGGUUAGGCUAUCCGACUCCAUCCCAGUAUGUUCAACAUCGGACCAAAGAUCAGAUUGCGCUGGGCACACCCUAUCUUUUGAUUGAAUAUAUCAAACCAUCGCGGGGCAAGAUGCUUUCUGAAACAUGGGAGGAAAGCCGCCAUAAUCUCAAAUUGCGCAAGAACCUUUUCCAUAGCAUCUCCCGCAUCAUGCUAGCUUUGGCACGUACUCCUUUGCCAAAGAUCGGGUCCUUUGUUCUAGAUGAAAAUGGGUUCUUGAGUUUGAGUAACAGGCCCCUUACCCUUGAAAUCCAACAACUGGAAAAUGAACAUAUUCCAGUUGACAUGCCCCAAAAUAUUACUCACACCACUGUCGACUCUUAUGUCAAUGAUAUCCUUGCAUUCCAUGAAAGUCGUCUUCGCCACCAGCCUAAUGCAAUCAACAGUCUGGAAGAUGGUCUCUAUCAGACAUCUGCACUGAUGGUUAUGAGAAGUGUCUGGCCGUGUUUUUUUCGCCGAGAUCUCCUUCGAGGCCCUUUCGUUCUUAACCUCGCUGAUCUUAACCAGACCAACAUCUUUGUCGACGACAAUUGGAACAUCGAGUGCCUUAUCGAUCUGGAGUGGGCAUGCUCUCACCCAGUGGAAAUGAUUCAACCUCCAUACUGGUUGACGAACCAGGCUAUCGAUUUGAUCAGCAUGGAUGACUACAAAAUUCUUCACAAAGAGUUCAUGGAGGCUCUCUCAGAGGAGGAAAUUAAGAUCAAGCUGCCAUUCCGCCUCUACCCCAUCUUGCAGGAGGGAUGGGAGAGAGGGACAUUUUGGUUUUCUCUAGCGCUCAGUAGUCCCACGGCAUUGUUCACGAUAUUUUAUGACCAUAUUCAACCGAGGUUUUCUAAGACUCACGACGAUCCAGCUUUUUGGCGAAUCACUAUGCCUUACUGGACGUUCAAUGCCUUUAAGUUUAUUGAACAUAAAGUGAAGGAUAAGGAGCAAUACGAUGCCUCUUUGCGUGAGGCAUUUGAAUUUGGAAGUUUGCAUGGCUAG